GCGACAACGGUACAAUGAUCGAAAGAAUAAAACGCUAGGAAGUACUGCAAGAUUGUUGCAAUUCAUAUGAAGAUUUUCUACACUUCACUUGAGAGUCAUCUUAUCAUUCUUGAUGAAUGAGGUUAUGCGGCAUGGGAGGACACAUAGCAUAUGAUUAUGCGCGAGGAAUAACGUUAACUUACCCAGGACGGUUGAUUUCCUCAGAAAAUAGCUUAGCUGCAGCAGCUCUCAGUGUGUAACAACUGUCAAAAUAAGAUGACCGUAUUGAACUAUUUAACUCACUGUGUGUAGAUUCAACUUAUGUAGAACGCAUCUUGAAAGAUUGAUCUUUGACGCGGUUUUAACGUGUAUGUUUGUAUUCAAACUUCUACUCACAAACUUCCGGAUCUUUGCAGUAACGUUAGUCUUCAGGAAAGCCCCAGUCUGUCGUGGUCUCCUUGUGUGAGACUGUCAUCAUGGCCUCAGCCAAGCUGAAGUACCUCUCUCUGGGGAUCCUGGUGUUCCAGACCACGUCCCUGGUGCUCACCAUGCGUUACUCGCGCACCUUGCAAGGUGACGGGCCACGUUACCUGGCCUCCUCUGCUGUGGUGGUGGCAGAGUUCCUCAAGAUCCUCACCUGUGUGGGGCUUGUCUUCAAAGAUCAUAGUUACAGUGGCCGAGCGCUAAGCAGUAUUUUGAGACAAGAGAUUCUACAUAAGCCUAUAGAGACGCUGAAGCUGGCGAUUCCUUCAGGGAUCUACACGCUACAGAAUAACCUGCUUUACGUAGCACUGUCCAACCUUGAUGCGGCUACCUACCAGGUGACAUACCAGUUGAAAAUCCUGACCACUGCCCUGUUUUCAGUUUCUAUGCUGGGCCGCAGGCUCGGGGUAUACCAGUGGUUGUCUCUGCUGAUCCUUAUGGCUGGCAUUGCACUUAUACAAUGGCCAGCAGACUCCCCGUCAGACCCGCAGAAAGAGCAGCUGACUCCUGGCUCACAGUUUGUCGGGCUGGUGGCCGUGUUGGUGGCCUGUUGCUCUAGUGGGUUUGCUGGUGUCUACUUUGAGAAGAUCCUUAAAGAGACCAAGCAGAGUGUUUGGAUCCGAAACAUCCAGCUAGGCAUGUUUGGCCUGGUUUUUGGGAUCUUCGGGAUGUUGGCCUACGAUGGUGACAGAGUCCAAGAACACGGAAUGUUUCAGGGCUACAACACGCUGACCUGGAUUGUGGUCGCUCUCCAAGCUCUUGGAGGGCUCGUGGUAGCUGCUGUCAUCAAGUAUGCUGACAACAUACUGAAAGGCUUUGCUACAUCACUCUCAAUUAUCCUCUCCACAUUCAUUUCAUAUUUCUGGCUUGAGGAUUUUGAGCCUACCAGUGUGUUCUUCCUGGGCACAGUAAUGGUCAUAAUGGCGACGUUUCUCUAUGGAUAUGAGAGCAAGCCGGCACCCAACCCAAGCAGGGCAUGAAAAGUGGAUGGAUGAGGUUAAAGAGGAGUGGAACAAAACGAUGAAAUGAGUGGAACGACAGAGAGGAGAAGAGGAGAGAAGGCGUAGAGAGCGGAAAACAGGAUUGAUACAAGGUUGGAUAACAGGCUGGGCCACUGCUGUGCAGUGCUGAGCUGAAGCACACUGGGAGAAAUGCUCCGCAUCUCUGGUUUCAGUAAAACUCACGGUUUAAGUGAAAAACAUUAGUCGGCGCUACAUUAAACCACUUCAUAAUGUAUCGUUUUCAAAUGGCACAAAACUUGUUCGGCUUUUCUUGGCCAUUUAAUAUUUGUUCAUCUUCAAGGGUUAAUGACCGCUUUUAAUUCGCAACAGUGGCCUUCAGUAACUCGCCACAAAUGAAACUUGAAUCUUGCAGAAACUCUGCAAUGGAUGCUACUAAGGGGGUCUUUGCAUCACUGUAUUUUUGUGUCAUUAUUCAAACCGCAAAUCCUAAAAAAAUAUUUUAUGCUAUUUUAAUUGACUGAGUUGCUGGCUUAGUUUCUGUGCUGUAAAGAUUAAGGAAUUAUGGGAUCUUUUGUGAACAGAAUGUAAACUUUUGAUAUUAUUAUAAUGAAAAUGAUAACAAUACUUAAGACGAUGCCAGCCAGUCAGUUGAUUAUUUUUCAGAUUACCUCUGUCACCAGGCUACAAAGAAUACUUGUGUUACUUGACUAUAUAUGCAAGGAAGUGCUUUUUUAGUGACUUUGCACUAUGUGUGAAGCUAUAUUAGUACAUGCUGAAGAGUAAUAAUAAAUCAGGUGUGUGUAUGUGUAUAUAUAUAAUUUUUUUUUAUAACAAUACACACAUUUCCACAAGGGCAGCACAAAAUUGAAGAGAAAAGGCUUUGCAUUUUUUCAAAAGGUGUAAAAACAAUGCAUGCAGUCACAGCUUGAAAACGGUAAAAAGGGCAAAUAGAUUUUACAGUCAGGAAAACUCGAGCUGCCCCAGUCCUUCUGAACACACUGUGAACCUCGAAAUCAAUAAACUCUACGGUGACCUGUGAAGACCA